AUGGUACUUGACACAUCCUGGAAUCGAACGACAAUAGAAUUCGGACAUCGGGGAGUAACCCCUGUCCACGUGGCAGCUCUGGUGAUGGGAACAAUCAAUUGUCUUCUCAAUGGUCUCAUCUGGACAGCAUUCCGUCGAUCACCACAGUUACUCACGAAACAUCAUCUUUAUCUAUUCUACGCAUUUGCUAUCACCAACUUUUUCACAGGAUUCUUCACAAUACCUACAUACCUCAAUCUGUUUUAUCGAAACAAUCUUAACUGUCCAAGGUGGUCGAUUCUGAUCGGAUCGAGUUUCGAAAUUGGUCUCGACAAGGUCCGGCAUAUCAUAACACUUUCGAUAGCUGGGGAGAGGAUUCAUGCCCUUUUCAGGCCCAGUGAAUAUUUCUUUCUAGAUCACAAAAUGAUCUCACUGAAAAUCUGCGCGUUUGCAGUUGUUUGGGGAGUUCUCGACAUGAUAUUUCUGGUAUUCGAAGACGAUAUUCAUAUGAUACGAAUACACUGUGUCACAACAUCAUCAUCCGGUCCUACAUUCCAUCUGUACUUCCUUCUUUCCACAAUCUUUUUCGGAGUGCUACUAUCUUUGGCGUACUUCUUGUUUAUCUGCAAACUGUUCGUUCUCCGAGAAACCAGAGUUGUCAAUGUCAAGAAACGAAGUCGUGAGAACUUCCAACAGGUCAACUCUCUGACAGUAAUGGUCAUUUUGCUAGUAGUGAUAUUCAAUGUUCUGCCUAGUCUUCUCUACUUGUAUGACAUGAUAAUUGGAGAAGUUCAUUUCAUGAAAUGGGGUCCAAUUGUGACUAUCGGUUACCACUGCUACGGAUCUCUUUCGUUUUUCUUCUACAAUUGUCGACAUAGGGAAAUUCGAGCGGCUUUGAACAAAAUCGAGUUCAUUCGUGACUUUGUAAACUGCGACAAAACUCCGAAAAGCAAUUCAAAAAGCAUUGAUGCGAGUGGACAGUUUAGCAAUAUCGUUAAAGGAGUUCCCAACAUGGUUGUUUCCAAAUUUGGUAAUUCGAAGCCGUCCAUAGUCAUCGUUACCGACAGUAAUGACAACGAAAGCGAGAUAUUUCUCUGA